CUAGUAAGUGACUGGUAACUUUAUAGACUGGAUUGAUCCCUGAGGUCAGAGACUGAGUUACAAUUGAGUGAAACAUAGACUACAAAAUCUUGAAGAAUUUUAUCAGGGUGCAAGCCAGGUUUAACCCUCUCCAAGUAAAGUUGGUUGAACUGAGAGAUCACUAAACCAAACCUGUAAUAGGACUGCUCACUUGGGUAUCUGUCUUUGUCAUAUUUGCCUCUUGCUGUUACAUUGCUACUUGUGCUGUCUUUGUAGGUCCCGAUGUUCUCAGAUAACUCACAUUGCCCUGAUUGUGGACAACAGUGGUUCCCUAGUCUAGAACUAGGCCACUGGUUGUACCAAACUGAGCUUGUUGAGAAUGAAUGUUACCAAGUGUUCUUAGACCGUAUCAACAGGGCUGAUUAUUGCCCCGAGUGUUACCCUGAUAAUCCUGCUAAUAGAAGCCUUGUUCUUCCAUGGUCUUUCCCCCUUGAGUGGGCUCCACAAAACCUCACCAGGUGGACCUUUGAAAAAGCUUGUCACCCAUUUCUUCUGGGUCCUCCGCUGGUUAGAAAAAGGAUCCAUGACUCCAGAAUUGCUGGUUUUAACCCUGCUUUACAGCUGAUCUUGACCAGAACAGACAAAACUUUAAACAAAAAACUUGGUCAAAGCAAGUAAUUUCUGUAACGGUCAAGAUCAUGGAGACUCUAGAGUCUCCACAGAUAUGGAAAAAUAACUUUUUAAAAUCUGACCCAGAUUCUCAGUACUUUGGGGAACUGCACCAGCUGUUGGAUCUGCUUCCGUGGCCUACAUACAUUUUGUUCAGCAUGAAUUUAGGCAGUGUUCCAGCCAGACUGCUCAUCUAGAACCAGAAUAAUCUAUUUCCUCUAUCAAUGAUGUGUUGGAACUAGCUUGUCCCACCCAAAAAUUUCCACAGCCUAAUCACUGACGUAUGGCAAGAUAGUCCUAGAGAAGAACCUGUACUAUGUACUUUAUAAUGGUAUUUCUAGUAAUAACUUUUGUAGGGAAACGUCCUCAUUGUAGCUGGAUUCUACAUUGUUCUGAAAAUCUUAGUAAGAAACUACAUUGUUCUGAAUUUUAUCUCUUACAUAUUGAUCAUUGGCUAUAUAUCUAUAAUUUAUUCAUAUAUAAACAUUUAUUCAUCAUUGGCUCUGUUUGGCCCAUCCUUAUUGUGGCUCUGACCAUACUGAUAAUUGGUCACCUUCAGAGAAGUUACAUUCUGUUGGGUAAAACCUCCAUGAGUUAUUCAAAACCUUGUAGAAAUGCCACCUGUCUACACUAACUUGGCUCCACAAAAAUUCUAUCCUGUCUUUGUGGGUGCCUAGCUUGCUGUGUCCCCUACCCUGGAAAUGGAAGACUACUGUUACUGAUCAGCUAUGUGACAAAAAGAACUAUCAAACCUGAUUCCUUAUAAAUUAUGAGCAGUCUGGGGGAGCCUGCCUUCUUAGAAGUAAGAAAAUCUUGCUGGACGUUGGUGACAUUAUGGCCUUCACAUGUUCAUGUGAACAUGAACAUGGAACAGGAGCUGAAGUUAAGCAAUUGAGACAGAGUUGCUGAAAACAUCUGAGAGGCCACUGGGCAAUUUUAAAAUCCCAUUGAAGAUGCUGGGUAAUCCAGGGCUUAAGUAGCAGGUCCACAGUGUGACCAAGGCCCCGGGUUCUCUCUGUGCUUCCCCUCUGGGAUCUUUGUUUGCUUUUUGUCCUCAUGGAUAUUUCCUCAGUGCUGACAAUAUGGCUUGUUGCUGCACCAGGCAUUUCCAGAGGGUGGGAGGAAGGAGCAGAGGCUUUGUCCUUUCAAGUCCAUCUUUCAGUUGGGAAUAAAAUCUGUCUCAACAGUCUCUAGCACGUUGCUUCUUACAUCUCAUCAGAAGGUACUGGUUCACGGGGAGCCUGGGAAAGCUGGCAAAGGGGUGCUGGGGCUUGGCAUUGCCUGGGCGGGGCUCUUCCAGGAGGGAAGAGUGGGGAAUGAAUGGCUGUUGGUAUGCAACAAGUCAUACUUGCAAUAUGUUGUAAAAGCUAAAGUUACCUGUUAGUUUGUAUAAAGAAUGUAACCCAGAGAUCCACCCUGUACCUGCCUUAUGUCUGUCACCCUGGAGGUUCUCUCCUGUUAUAUUGCUGAAUAAACUGUGUGGACUGCUGAACUGA